AUGUUAAUCAUUGAUAGUGUCGUAUCGCAUACGAUACCUCAAGUGAAACAAUUCGUAACAAAUUCAUUGUUAUCAAAUGGAAAAUUUAAUUCAUUGAAAAUUCAACCAAUUACUGCUAUUACAACAGCAACUAAUGUUCAAUUAGGUGUAAAACAUCCAAAUACUAUACUUUCAAUUCAAUCUAAUCAAUCAAUCACAAUAAAGAAAAUUCGACCGAAACCAAUAAUAUCUACUGUUCGACGUUCAUCAUUGAGUCCAACAGUUUCAUCAUCAAUAAAUUUAAAACAUCAAUCAACAACAACUAUAAUAAAUUCUACUAAGACAACAAUACUUCGAUCGACAUCUAAUGAUAAUAUUUCAUCAACAAUUAGUAUAAAUACAAAAAGUCGUAUACCUGUACGCAGUGAAAAACCAAUUGACGAUCCGGAAUGGCAAAAAUUACCCGGAGAUGAAAAAGUCCAACACAAAUUAUGGAAUGCACGUUUAGCUGGUUAUGAAGAAUGUGGAAAGCUUUUUGCUAUGCAAGAUUCAAGCAAAAGUGGAGAGUUUGAAGAUUAUUUAGAUCUUUUACCAAGAUUUGCUCAAGAUACAAAUGAAAAUGCUAAAGAAAAAGGUUUAGAAGCUUUACUUAUUUUUAUUCAAGAAGCAUAUGUUGCACGAACAACUGUUGGUGAUAUUGUUCCAAUAAUAAUGGGUAAAAGUCUUAGUGGAAGACCAAAAAUUAAAGAACGUGCUUUUGAUAUUCUUCUUACGUAUAUUGAAAUUGAUAAAAAUGCUGAAAUAGAAGAAGAAUUAAUCAAAGGUCUUGAAAAUAAACAACCAAAAAUUGUUCAAGCUUGUCUUGAAUUACUUCGACGUGGAUUAUCAGAAUUUGGUUCAAAAGUUCUUCCAAUAAAACCUUUCCUGCCAAAAGUUAUUCCAUUACUUGAAGAUCGUGAUAAAACUGUUCGUGAUGAGGCUAAAUUAUUACUUGUUGAAGUUUAUAAAUGGAUUGGUAAACAAACUAUUAUGCCAAUGAUACAAAAUGUUAAACCUAUUCAAGUAUAA